AUGCGUAACUAUUUCUCUCUGCUUUCCUGGGACGACAAAUCGUUAUCCGCACGACAACUCCACUUGCCAUUUCCUACGAUUAAGGAUGUGAGCUAUUGUGAUGGCGUGGUGUGCCUCGACGAUGGGUUUAUUGACGAUAGAGUUGCCCUUUGGAACCCGUCGACUAACGAAUUCAAGUUCCUUCCUAAGACCAGCAUCCAGCUCCAUCCAGAUGCUGAUUAUCUCAUGUUUGAAUGUCCCGUGAUUGGGUUCGAUAGUAAUUCUCAACAUCUUAAAGUACUAAGACUGCAUCUUGCCGAGCGGGAUGGGUCGCUUGCCACUAUAACCUACCCAAAUUAUGGAGAGGAAAAAACUUUUGAAUUGUGGGUGAGAAGUCACGAUGGUUCGUGGGAGUGGAUAUCCACCUUUUGUGUUCCUGGUGCUGAGGCGCCAUUAGGGUUCUGGACAAAAGAUGAUCUGCUUUUUCGAGGCAAAGGUGAUGGCGAGGAUUCAAUGUCUUGCUUCACGAUUGGGCUGUAA